AUGAACAUGAUGUGUAAAAAUAAAAAAGAUUAUUUCAGCACAACAUUUUAUAGAGACGUAAUUGAUGAUUUUAAACAAUUAUAUGAAACUAAAGAAGGUUACGAUGCAAUUAUCAUUGCUGGAGAAGAACCAAAUAUUAAAGAAUUUCAUGUUCAUUCUUUAAUCCUUCGUGCCAGAUCUUCUUAUUUUCGUAGUGCUUUCUCUGUUAAUUGGGCUGAAAGAAACAAUGCUGGUUAUUUAGUUUUAAAAAAACCUAAUAUUAGUGCUUUAACCAUAGAAAUUAUUCUAAA